AUGACCGAUAACUCGCGCGUAUGGCUCGUCACCGGUGUGUCAAGUGGCCUUGGACGCGCACUUGUUGAAGCUGUACUUGCCAAAGGCGAGCGUGCUGUCGCAACCACGCGAUCGUCUGCAACUGUUGAUGAGCUCGCGGAGAAGUACCCAGUCUCGCAGCUGCUUGUCCUUCGGCUCGAUAUCACGAGUGAGGCUGCAAUCGCGUCGGCGUUCAACACCAUCAAGGAUCAUUUUGGGCGCCUUGACGUCGUUGUGAACAACGCCGGAUAUGGUCUCAAGGGCGAGAUGGAGUCUAUUACCGAUGAGCUAUCACGACCGCUUUUCGAAACACUCUUCUGGGGUCCGGUGUACAUCACAAAGCAAGCUGUACGCUUCUUCCGCGAAGUUAACCCCAAGGGACUGGGUGGACGAGUGCUGCAAAUAUCGUCCCUUGCGGGAUACAUCUCUCCGCCGACCUUUAACUUCUACGCAUCCGCUAAAGCAGCCCUCGAGACGUUCACGCUGUCCUCCGCCGCCGAACUUCCUCCUGAGUGGAACAUCCAGAUGGUCGUCAUUGAACCGGGAUCGUUCGGCACGAACUGGCUCACCAACAACAUGAUCGUAGCUCCUCGACACCCCGCCUACCCCGAUGACGCGCCAAGUCGCAAGUUCAUGGAAACCUUCGCUCAGCUUCCGCAGAUCGGAGAUGUACAGCGCGCGGUACAAGCUAUGAUCAAGAUUGCAGGUGAAACGGAGAAGAAGUUACCGAAGCGUCUUCAGCUCGGCACCGAUGCAUGGGGUCUUGCGCAGCUCACAGCGAAGGGGACUCUGGCAGAUCAGGAACAAUGGGCGGAGCUGAGCCACAGCACGAAUGCAGAUGGGUAUGGGUUAGAAGUACUCGACCACCUGACAUUCUUCGAGAACUAA